AUGACCGUGAAUAUGCUGGAUAAAACACAGUCCGCCUGCGUCGAGGAGGCUGGGCCGGGCGCGUACACGCCUCCUGAGGGUGUACUUUCAGAACAGCACCAGGCAUACCUUAUUCAACGACAUGGGACGCUGGAACUUGACCCCGUGCCGAGUAUGGACCCGGCGGAUCCGUACAACUGGCCGUUGUGGAAGAAAGCAACAAACCUCGCCCUCGUUGCCUUCCACGCCUGUAUGGGCACAUUCACCGCCGCCGCCAUCAUCCCAGCCUACGAGGAAAUCGCCGAGGCCGUCGACGUCUCUAUCCAGCGAGUUUCAUACCUUACAUCUCUACAAAUCGCCAUUCUCGGCGCGGCCCCUUUACUAUGGAAACCGCUCUCCCACCGCUUCGGCCGCAGGCCUAUCUUCCUCAUGUCGCUGGCUCUAAGCUGCGUCUGCAAUAUUGGCUGCGCGAAGAGCCCCGACUAUGCGUCCAUGGCGGCCUGCCGAGCCCUGGUGGCGUUCUUCAUUUCGCCGGCCAUGGCGCUGGGAAGUGCGGUUGUGAUGGAGACGUUCUUCAAACACCAGCGGGCAGGAUACAUGGGUGUUUGGACGGUUAUGGUGACGCUGGGUGUGCCCGUUGGGCCGUUUAUCUUCGGGUUCGUGGCGGAGCGCGUUGGGUUCGUGUGGAUUUACUGGGUGCUGGCCAUCACAAACGGCAUCCAAUUCCUCCUCUACCUCUUCCUCGGCCCCGAAACGCGGUACACAGGACCCGUCUCCUCCCCAAAACGCCACCAGUACAUGACCCUCUCCCGCAUCGAUCCCACCCCUUUCACGAUCGCCGAGUUCCUCCGCCCCUUGUCCUUGUUCACCAACAUCCCCGUCCUCCUCGCCGCAAUCGCCUACAGCAUGGUCUUCCUCUUCGCGUCCGUGCUGAACAGCGUCGAAGUCCCGCAGCUGCUGCAGGUAAAAUUCGGCCUCAACGCGCAGCAACUCGGCCUGCAGUUCCUCGGCCUCAUCAUCGGCUCGCUACUCGGUGAGCAAAUGGGCGGCGUCAUGUCCGACACRUGGAUGAACCGCGCGGGCCACAUCGCACACAAGAACAAGACGGCUCGCCACGGCCAUCCACCACCAGAAUUCCGCCUCUGGCUCUCCUACCUCGGAUACCUACUCACCAUUGCAGGAAUGAUCGUGUUCCUUGUCUGCACUGAGCAAAGUCAAGAAGGGAAAUGGCGCGUCGCCCCGAUUAUCGGCACGGGGGUCGCCGCGUUCGGAAACCAGGUUGUUACGACUGUGCUGACGACGUAUGCGGUGGACACGUAUCCGCAGGAUGUGGGGGGCGUCGGCGUGUUCAUUAACUUCGUUAGAUCGACGUGGGGCUUUAUCGGGCCGUUCUGGUUCCCCAGUAUGUUUGAGAGUGUGGGGGUUGCGAGGAGCUCGGGGGUUGUGGUUGCGUUGAUUAUGGGGUGUAGCUUUGUUCCGACGGUUUAUUUGCAUUUUGCUGGACGAAAGUGGAGGGGGGAGGUUUAG